UAUACGCCCGUUUUUCAGGAUAAUUAAACCUAAUUACAUCAGAACCAGUGAUCAACGUAACACCUUUGAGAUGGAAAAUCGUUUGAAGAAGAUGGCGGAUUUAAAGAAAGUGACACGGGAGAAUCAAAAGCUUAGAGAAGAAAUGAUUAAACUAACGUGGAAGAAUCAAGCCUCACUUGCAAUUAACGACGAAAUAUAUUUGGCGGAAUUACAAGCUGAGAAUCAAAAGCAAAGUGAAGAAGUGCUUGCACUAAUGAAGAGGAACAACGCUCUGCUUAGGAAGCAAUCGGAGUUAUAUGAAAAGGCAAUAGAGGUCGAGAAAUCCAAAGAGGCUUAUCUUUCGAGCCAAUCCAUCGACGCCCGGAGAAGUUGGAGAAAGGUUUCAGAAAGUGAAACAAGAAGUAGACCUCAAUGAUACGAGGAACCAAGAGAGUAAUGGCUUGUAUAUUAUGAAUAGGUAUGUAGGCGUGUUGUUGUAAUUUGUAGAUGAGUGGAAAGAGUUGCUAAAGAGCCACAGAGAGGCAAACAUCUUAGCAAG